GAAUCAAACUAUAUACUUGUAGGAAGAAAUUAGUCGCACCGAACUGAUUUUGUGAAUAAUUUCACCUUGACUCUGUAUUUGUACCUGAAAAAUAAAUAUUUGAAGCCCUUACAAGAUGGCUGAUGGGAAGGAUAUUCAAACACUUGUUAUUGACAACGGAACUGAAACGAGCAAGGUUGGCUUUGCUGGGGAUGAUUCUCCAAGGUCUGUUUUCCCAAGUAUGGUUGGUCGUCAUCGCCAUGUUGGAGUCCUGGUUGGAAUGGGACAAAAAGAUCACUAUGUUGGUGAUGAAGCUCAGUCUAAAAGGGGUAUUUUGACUCUGAGAUAUCCAAUUGAACAAGGCAUAGUAAGAAACUGGGAUGACAUGGAGAAAAUCUGGCAUCACAUAUUUUACAAUGAACUUCGUGUUGCUCCCGAGGAGCAUCCAGUUCUGCUGACUGAGGCACCACUUAAUCCCAUAUCAAACCAAGAGAAAAUGACUGAAAUCAUGUUUGAGACAUUCAAUGUGCCAGCCAUGUAUGUUGGAGACCGGGCUUCAGUCACUAAUUUAGUUGCUGUUUUACAACAAGGUCUUGUGCUUCAUUCUGGUCAUACUGUGAGCCGCUCUGUCCCCAUUUAUGAGGGACAUGCACUUCCGCAUGCUAUCUCGCAGUUAAAUCUUGCUGGUCGCCAUAUUACUGAUUAUCUCGUGUGGAUUCUCCAGGACGGUCUCUCCAAGGGUCGUUAUAAAUUAAAAAAUGGCGUUGAAAUAACUUUUAUCAUUCAUAUGAAGGAGAUGAUUGGUUAUGUUGCACUGGAUUUUGAACAGGAGAUUGAGAAGGCAAAACAUUACUCAAAAUCAGUUGAGAAGGGCUAUGAACUUCCUGAUGGACAAGUCAUUAAUGUUGAUGCUGAUAGGUUCCGUUGCCCCGAGAUCCUCUUCCAGCCAUCAUUGUUUGGAAAUGGACCGAUAGGAAUUCACGAAAAAGCCUACAACUCAAUCAUGAGAUGCGAUGCUGAUAUUAGGAAAGAUUUAUUUGCAAACAUUGUGCUUAGUGGUGGCUCGACUAUGUUCCCUGGCAUAGCGGAACGUAUGAGCAAGGAAAUCACCGCUCUUGCUCCAAGCCACACAAAGAUCGAGGUGCUUGCACCACCUGAGAGGAAGUACAGCGUCUGGAUAGGAGGAUCAGUUCUAGCUUCCCUCAGUACUUUCAAACAAAUGUGUAUAACGAAGGGCCAGUAUGAUCAAUCUGGUCCGUCAGUUGUCCACAGGAAAUGCUUCUAA